CUAAAAUAGCAUGUCAAGUGAUAAGCGGCUCUCUGUGAAGAUUUUUAUGCUAAGUUCAAAGGAUUAGCUAAUUAAAUAAUACGUACCUACUAACGAUUUCAUGUUUUUAAUCACGCUAAUUAAAAUUAUGGAAAGUGAUUCCGAAGAUAAUAGUAAAUCUUGUGAUUCAUGGGAUGAUGACCCUGAGAUAAAGGAAAUAAAAGAAAUGGAGAAAGACUUAGAAAUGCAGAUAAUGAAAAACAUUAAAAAGGAAAAAGUUAUCUCUGUUGAUUUACCAUCUAAUUCAACACCGGUCCAGUUAAAGGUGGAAGUGGAAGUCGAACAAUAUUCAGAUAAAGAGGACAUUGAUGAUCCACCGGCAAAUGAUGAUGAUGAUGAUGAUGAUGAUGAUGAUGAUGGUGACGAUGAUGGUGAUGGUGAUGAUGAUGAUGAUGAUGAUGAUGAAGAAGACAUAAGUGACAAUAAUAUUACAAAUAUUGAGGAGCUCCGAGGAGCGAGUAACUGCAAUAAUUACAAUAGAGCAACAUCAGAUGUUGAGUCUCUGAGUAAACUUAAUGUUUACAAGAAAAUAAAGAGCUUCACGGCUCAAGUUCAUAUAUCGGCCGAAGAACUAAUCGAUGCAGCCAAACAUCAUCAGGUCUUAGAUAAUUAUGCUGAUAAGUUCCUAUCAGUGAGAGUUCUAAACUCUUUAUUCCGUUGGAACAGGAAAAUUUUGGAGGCGGAUUUUGCAGAGAGAUCAAUACAGGUUGCACUGGAUAAGUGGAUAUGUUGGUUCAGACAGUGUACCAGAUAUUCUGACGUGCCCCAGUUUUACAAGUGUUAUAUGUGCGAUAAGGCCUGGUGGGAUUUGGAUCCUUUCAGAGAACACCUACGCAAGCAUAAGACUGAUUAUAUAGUCAACUUUGAAGAUUUAGGGUAUGAAUCAAAUAUAGUUGCCUAUUUAAGCAAGGAAUUAAGGCCUCCGUUUAAAAAUAUUAGAACCCAAGGAAAAUGUUUAAAGUGUGAUAGACGGUGCGAGAAUCAUUUUUUUAAAGCAAACUACAGUCCCAUCAUACCCGAUAAGGGUGAUUACCCUUAUUUCUGUUUGAAGUGUACAGAGAAAUUUCCAACCUGCGCUGCUCGAAGGGUACAUGAACAAACACAACAUGGGAAACCGCAGUUUCCUUGUUUGUAUUGCAAAUUGAGUUUCAGCUCUAAACGUAUCCUAGAAGAUCAUCUCCAAAGACAUACAGUGAGGUCAGACCGACCAAGCACUAUUCCGACGAAAUUGUGUGCAGAAUGUAAUCUUAGAUAUGCCGUAUUCAAAACACACCCGUGCCCUAAGAAGUGGUUCCGUUGGUGCAACCAAUGCUACAGACAAUUUGAUAUGAAGGGAGCUCAAGAAAUACAUGGUUUAUUUUCAAAAACAAACGUCAGCUGUAAUAUAUGCUCUCAGAAGUUUUUCAGCGAAUGUUCUCUGGUUGAUCAUUAUUUAACGCACACAAACAACUUCACCCUGCAGUAUUUGUGCACUAGAUGUGGCGUUUUCAUUCACAAGGACUUGAGGAAGCAGCACAAGAAACAGUUUCACAAUAGGAAUCCGUAUUACAACAAAAUACCAUUGGUUUUGCCGUUUAUUGUUCCGAAAGCGUUGUUCUUAUCGAAGAUCGAGGGACUGCCGGGAACUAAAGUUCAAGUCUUGUACGUGGUCGAAACCCCUCCACCUCCUCGAGUGUCAAAGCAGCAAGAACUCAAAGCGGCUCUGGACGGCCUCAAGCAAGACAUGUACGAGCAUCUAUCGCAGUACGCCAACACGUCUCAGACUACCACUCCAACGAGGAACUGUGAAACGACCUGCAUUGAUCUCACUGAAUCCGAGCCCGAGCAAGAGAUUAAUGUAAAAACAGAAAUAAACACUGAGCCCGAGGAAUGCGAGGAUGACAUCAUAAACUUAAACAUCAACAAUAUAUCGUUAAUGAAAACGAGAUCCACCGAACAAAAUACCACAGAACAGAACAAGGAACUCGAAUUAGUUUUGGAAAAAAAUAAUCAAAUUACCAACGAGCCCGGUACGUUUAAUAUUGAGAUAUUAAAUGUAAAUAAUGGUACAGAUUCGUUUGAAAUUCAAUUAAAGUAUGACAGUGAAAGCAGCUUGAAACAAAGCCAGAGAGAGAAGUCUGUGAGUCACAUUGAACACAAUAUUUCGUCCGAUGAAUUCGCAUCAGAUUCCAGCAACGACGAAGGGACCGAGUGCACGGAAAAUGGCGACGUAAUAAGCGUAAAUAAAUAUCGAGUUAAACAGCCCUGUGUCUGCACGAAAUGUAACACAAGAUACGAUACGCUCGAAAGUUAUUUGAGUCAUUUCACGAGCCACAAUUACCAGUCGAACACGUGUCCGCAGUGUCUGUCAGUGUUUGGCACCCCAAUGAAACUGGCCUGGCACUUCAAGACCCACAUAAACAGGACGUUCUUGAAGACGAAGUUCCUGGACGGCGACCAGAAAUCGGAGAAGCUGUACCGCUGCAAACACUGCAAGCAGAUAUUCUUCAAGAAUGAAUUCUUUGAGCACUGGGAGAGUCAUUUUGUGUUGGUGCGCUUCGAGGACUCUGAACGCUACGAAACGGCUCUUGAAGUCGGCAAGAGAAACAGAACUAUUUCUGAGUCAUCGAUGAAAACUAUAAUAGAUUGCAUACUGAAUGAUGAAUAUUUGAAAUCACAAAAAACCUGUGUCGUGUGUAUGAAGGAGUUCAAUAGACAGAACGUCAUCAAGAGACAUCUGAUUGAACAUAUGUUAAAGGAUGCACAAUUGAAAGGUGAAAAGAACGGAGACACCAACAGGAUUUUUAAUUGGUGCCUGAGAUGUCAAAUUUGUUCGGAGCUUCUGGAGAAUUCGAUUGUGUACAAGAUUCAUCUGCGCGAGCACGCCUCCCUACCCGUCCACACGUGCGACGUGUGCGAUCGCGUAUUCAACAACACGUAUUACUUCGCGAAGCACAAAAAGAAACACGAUCUGGAGAAGGAGAACAGCAUCAAGCAGCUAUACGAGAAGCAGACUGAAGCGAACCCGUCUGCGGGGAGACAAGUGCUAGAAUCCGAGCCGGAGCUAAAUAUAAAGCCCGAAAUGCCGUUUGAAGUGAUUGAUGAAUUCGAGGAUGAUGCAAACGUCAAUGAUGAUAUGGCAACACCACAACGCGACGAGGGAAUGUCAGUUGAAUCGAGUAUCAGUGACGUUGACAAAAUCAAAAUCGAAGCGACUACAUCUAUACAAGACAUCAAGAAGGAGAUCGUGGAAGAAGACCUCCAGGUGGAGAUGGAUUACAACGAGUUCAGCGUAGUCAAAUUGGAGUAUGAGGAUCUGAUAGAGCGGAAAGAGAACUCACCGAGUGAGCUCGCGAUUACAGCCGAGGAGAACUCCUCAGAUUCGAGCCUAGACGAGGAGAUAGAGUACGCUGAAGUCGAGGAUCUACUCAACGUGAAGAGGAAACGUCACGAGACCAGAGGCCGGAAGCCAGCCGUCCAAAUCGAGCCGCAUCUCUGCACGAAAUGCGACAAAGAGUACGACAGUCUCUACAAAUAUCUAGAGCACCUCACCUGUCACGACCUCAAGGCUAACACCUGUCCGCAGUGUCUCAAGACAUUCGAGAGGACAACGAAGCUGAUGUGGCACUUCAAGAUCCACAUCAACCAAACGUUCCUGAAGAUCAAGUUCCUCAAGACCGAGGAAAAAGCCGGUAAGAUAUUCCGGUGUAGACAUUGCAAGAAGAUCGUGACGAAGGAUGAUUUCUUUGAACAUUGGGAGAGGCACUACGCUUUGAUGGACUGGAAGAGCCAAAAAAAAAUGGACGUUGUCAUUGUCAAUACGGACAAGAAUAACAAGAAUCUCUCGGAAACUAUGAUGAAAAAUAUUAUAGAUUACAUACUGGGCGAUCCGAAGUUCAAGCGCCAAAAGAUUUGCGUCGUCUGCAAGAGGACCUUCAACCGGCAGAGCGACGUCAAGCGCCACCUGGUGGAGCACCUGCUCAAGGACGCGCAGGUCAACGGCGAGAGGAGCUUCUUCAACUGGUCGUUGAGAUGUCAAAUAUGUUCGGAGGCCUUCGACAAGGCGAGCUCGUACAAGAGCCACCUGCGGGAGCACGCGUCGCUGCCGAUAUACACGUGCGAGCUGUGCGACCGCGUCUUCAGCGACUCGAGCAACUUCACCAAGCACAAGAAGGUCCACAACCUGCAGAACUACAGAUGCGAGAUAUGCAACAAAAAAUUUCAGACCCUGCCGUAUCUCGAGAAGCACAUGGAGAUACACAAAGAGAAGCCAAUUAAAUGUCCCUGUUGCCCGGUGAUGUCGUACACUCCGUCCUUAAACAGGAGACACAUCAGGAUGCAUCACGUAAAGGGCACAAAAACGCUGUGUCCUAUUUGUUCGGAGCGAUUCCACACACUCAAAAUGAAAUGGGACCAUCUGUGGCAAGUCCAUAAAUUGAGGAAGGAGAAAUGGGAUUGUAACCUGUGCGGGUCCAGCUACAGGAAAUUCAAAGACCUGAAGGACCAUUACAAAGAUGUGCACCGCAAGAAAUACUUGAAGCUCAUGUCUGGGAAUAAGAAGGAUAAGAUAAAGAAGUUGCUAUUGCAAGCUAACGUGACGGUUAAAAGUGAACCUGCAGAAGAAUCUAAUGAAAUGGUGGACAUAAUAAACUAGUGUUUUGUGAUUUUGUUGUACCGUUGUAUGAUGUAGCCACACGUAUAGAACUGUCAUGUGUUGUCAAGAUGAAAAGUUUAUUAGCACUAAAAGGUAACUCAGAUAGACAGGAGUGAUAACGGCUUUGCGAACACUGAAUGUCACAAAAUCUUGCAAAAUAUGUUUUUUUUUUUCGUUCAUUGCCUUUGUCGGCAGAAGAGUAUAUGGUGAUAUUAUAUAGUGGUAAGAAGCUACCAUCGCUCGUGGAGAUCAGAAAUGCCAGGUGCAUAGCCAAGCCACUGCCUACCAAUGAGUACUCUGCGCAAACCUCAUUUAAAGAAGUGGAAGUUAGAGAUGAUAAAUGGCUUCAAAGAUCUCUGGAGACGCACUGUGGAUGAUCGCAGUAGCUGUAAAUAGUGUGGCGGAAGGGCUGAAGGUACAUGAUCAUCUCAAAUAAUUGCUCGGAGCACAAUUAUAAAAAAAGCACAUUAAUAUUGCUGUUGAACGUAGCUAUGAUGUAAGCUCUCUACUGUUUGGUUUAUCCUCUAAAUUAGAGACAUUAUGUAUCAUAUCGAGUUUUAAAAUCAAUAAAAUUGAUUAUAUAAGGAUACAAAAAUGAAAAAAAAUAGAAAAAUUUGCAAGUGUUCUUUUCCAAACUCGUUCACGUUGUAAUGUUGCAUGCCUAAUAUCAUAUAAUAAUUGUAACUUCGAUUCCUACAAUUGCCAGAUAGGUAAUUGAAGGGUGCGCAGAUCUUUAUUGACUCAUCUUAACAUCUUGCAGGAUUAUUGCUACGAACUGAUGUUUCAGUUUGAUUGAACUUUAGAAAUGGUUGCAUUUAAAAUUGACCUUACAUCAUAGUGUUAAAAAUAUUCAUUUGAAUACAAUAUACAUGUAUAAUUGUUUGAAUGAAUUUAUGUUAAUUUGUAAUUAGUAAAAUUAUGGAUUGAAUCGAUUGAAUUAUAUUUUGUUCUGGAAACAGUUUUGUUGAUCAACACUUAAUUAGUUAGUUUACGGACAAAAAAUCUGAAACAUUUACUGUAAUGUAUGAAUAGGCUAAAUAUACGUACCAUAAUUAUUGGGUUUCGAAAUAAAUAAGCAAUAUAAUUAUUAUUAUUAUUUUUGUACAGAUUAUUAGAUAUGCAUGAUGUAAAUUAUAAUUUCAUAUAUAAAUUAAAUAAUAUUAAAAAUUAUAAAAAUUAAAAGUAAAUUUAUCCGAUAUACGAAUUAUGUAAGACAAUGCUAAAAAAAAUUCUAGAGUUUUUUUUAAUUUUUAAUAAUGAUAAAAUAACUUGACAUUUUUUGUUAGUAAGUUUGUUAUGCUAAUUUAAUGCUAAAAUGUUGGAUGAAUGUUUGUUAUGACUUAUGUUCUCACACGAAUACUAUUUCGGUAUGCGAUAAAAACACAAGAGAUUUUCCCGAAGGAUAUUUUUAAUUCGUUAUUAACACGUUAAACGCCAUAUAGUAAAUCGAAGAUUUUCAUUCAGGUGCUCACCGGUGAGCUUUACCUUACUGAACCAUUCGGGCCAUAGGGGUCACCCGUGGGCUUUUUGAAAUAUCUAAACUAAACUUUAUCCCUGCUAAUAGAGUAUUUUAUAAACUUUUUUUAAUGAAAAUCUCAAGUUGAUAAAAUAACUGAUUUCCUGAUUUUGGUUUGGCUCUAAUGGUAUAUAUAGUACGCGAGGUACACUAAUGGGAUCGUUAAGUGUACAAAGUAUUAAGUUAUUUGAUCGACUUGCAUUAGCAACCCAGUCUCAUUUCAGUGUUACCAUGUAAUACCGUAAAUAAUUUAUUUUAUCGCAUUAGUAUCUAAAGACUUUCAGGGCCCUGAAACUGCGGUACUUUAAGAUAAAUAUUUUUUGUAUGGAAACUACAGAUAUGUGUAGCGGAUGCCCCUUAACUUAUAAGUGUUAAAGUUAAGGCAUUUAAUUAUUGUACAACUAAACACAGAAAAAAAAUUAAUGAAUCAUACAAGUCUUUAUUUGUUAUAGACAAACAGAUUAAAUUUUAUCAAUUUGUGGUUUCUAAAAAUUUACAAAAUCCUUCAUUAAAAAUAAAAUAUAGGAUAAGUAACAUGUUACUGCUAUCUACAGGAGCAAUGAGAAACUAAUCGAAGCGAAGCCAUCUAGUGGCCGACGCCCGUAAACAUUUUUGUUGAGUGCUUGAGUUUCUUAUCUAUAACUAAUUUAUGUCGACGCUUGAAAGGCAAACGUGACUAAGCGACAAUGCGUGAACUUUACAGUAGACUAAUUUAAAGUUGAAAUACCUGAAAACAAAGUUUAUUUUAACGAAUCUAGCUGUAGUAGAACUAGCUAGUAGCUGUAGAUUGAAAUGAUUUUAAUAGACCUAGAAAUAUAUUUUUUUUGCGCAUCGAAUAUGGUUAUUGCCUAUCAUUUCUGUACAAAGCAGAUAAUGUCGCUUAGUCACUUUUGCCUUUCAAGCGUCGAUGUGUAUUGUCUAUGGACUUUUUCAGGGCGAUAACACGGUGCUCAGCUAAGGCACGUACCUUUAAUUAAAGUUUAUGUGGUAAAUUGUAAUAAAUUGCAAUAUUGUAUUGUUAUAAACGUGGAACAAAAUUAAUGUUGUAAAAACAGAGCACGCAUGUUAAUGAAAUAAUUGUAUUGUUAAAAUAAAAUAUUUUUAUACAAUGUAA